AUGAAGAUGAUGUUCGUGGGAAAGUAUGGUAACGGACGAGGAGAAGGUUAUGAAGCCGUACUCUCGGGACGAAAUGAAGCCCCAUCCAAGCGCUUCCGUUUCGACUACUCCAAACGAUUCGCUAGCAGUGCUUCACGACGUCCCGGCAACCUCAGCAAGCGCGCUGCUGCCAAAGAUUAUUCUUAG